AUGUUUGAGAACCUGAGGAGCAUCUGCUCAUUGUGCAGCAGGACCUCACCAGCCGGGGACAGAGAAAAGGUGCGGGUUCAGUUAUCAGAGCCAGGUGAUCGUGGUCAACUUGCUUGGGCAUCUGGUAACUAUGCCACAGUUAUCUCGCACAACCCAGAAACAAAGAAUACUAGAGUGAAAUUGCCUUCUGGAUCCAAAAAGGUAAUCUCCUCUGCAAAAAGAGCAAUUGUUGGGAUUGUUGCUGGUGGUGGUCGUAUUGACAAACCCAUUCUGAAAGCAGGUCGUGCCUACCAUAAAUAUAAGGCAAAGAGAAACUGCUGGUCACGAGUCCAUGGUGUGGCUAUGAACCCUGUUGAAGAUCCCUUCGGUAUUGGUAACCUUCAGCACAUUAGUAAACUUUCAACAAUCAGAAGGGACGCUCCAGCUGGUAAUAAAGUUGGUCUUAUUGCUGUCCUUCGUACUGGUCAUCUACGUGGUACAAUGACUGUACAGUAG